UAAAAAUUCAUUCGUUAAAAUAUAAAAAUCAAACAGUUGUCUCCCUUGCAUAAAUUCUUCUGUAAACAACAAAACAAAUCUUUCUUGAAUUCCUAUCAACAUUUAAAGAUUGAAGUAUGAGUGAGGAUUUUGGAUUUGAAACUGAAUCAAGCAAAAGAAAUGCAAAAACAGGAAGGCGUGCUCAAUCAAAGCAAGCAAAGGCUCCCGCAGCACCAGACUUUGAGGCGUCACCAGGAGGAGAUUCUCCUCAACCAGCACAAGAUAUAGAUGAUGGACCACCUAAACCUAACAGAGUAUCUGGCUGGGGAGAAGAUGCCCCUAGAAGAAGGGGAAGAAAUCUUGGAGAAGGCAUGGAACAGUUUGAAGAAGAUAUUUUUAGUGGCCUUGACAUUGAAUCUGAGAUGGAAAAAAUUGAACGUCCGCGUCGACCCCGUAAACUUGAUGGGUGGGGUACUGAGCAGGAAGAUGAGAGGCUGAGACCACACAGUCCAGAUAAAAGUGAUGAUUCUGAUAAUGAUAUACCAGUUAUCCCUGAUCUAGAGGAUCAACAAGAAGAAGAUAUCACACAAACAGUGGCAUAUGCUCCCAAUGUGGCAGUCAAUCGUGUAGCAACAUACAAGGAAUUAGAUAAUGAUUUAUUGAGACAGGCAGCAUUUCUCACUUUGGAUAAUGAGAUAGAUCUGAAAUUACUAACUAAGUCACUGGCUACCGACUCAGAUCUUAUAGAGGAGGACAAACCCUGGGACUGGGAUAGAUUAUUUACAGAAGUAACAUCAGAGUUGUUGACACAGUGGGAGAAAGCUGAACAACCAGAUGCUUCUGAGAAGGAUAAUGUACCAAAUGAGGCUUGAUACUAGCAAAUAUACAUGCACUCUUUGAUUAUUUAUAUAUGUAUCUGUAACUUUUUAAAAUUCUGAAACAUUUCUGAUAAUUUAAAAUUUUUAUUGAAAUAUUGAAUAAAGUUUUGCAAAAAUAUCUGAGCAACUUCAUUAAUAAAAUGAUGGUGAAAAUGUUACACAGAAAUAUUGAACCAAACAGUGGUACAUAGAAAAGAAUCUCUAUUUUAGAAAAAAUGUUUUUUCUUUGUGUUCUUAACAUUCCGUCCAUUAUGUAUAUUUGAUUAUUAUCUGUUAGAUAUUUAUAUGUUUCAAUUGAUGUAAUAAUUUUAAGAAAUAAAUUUGUAUGUAUUCUUAGUUA